GCUCUGGUGUCUGUCUGUGAGCUUCUUCUUCUCUCACCUUCACACACACACACACACACACACACAAACACACCAGCCUCCUGUCUCUGCACUGAGGUGUGUGUGUGUGAGAGAGACAGAGUGUGUCCAACUUUUUCUGCUGGAACUUUAAACCCUUUCAUCCCCAGCUCCGCAAACGAGCCUCAUUCAUCCUCUGCUCCCCAUCUCGCUCGGAAGAAAACAUGACGGACGCAUCAACCAACAUGCGGCUGAAGCUGCCGGUCACCUGCCUCAUCCUCGAGAUCAUCCUCAUCAUCCUCUUCGGCACGCUGGUGCAGUACAACUACGAGACUGACGCACAGAAGUGGCAUAGCAAGAACUACUCUGACUAUGAGAACGACUUCUACUACCGAUACCCAAGUUUCCAGGAUGUGCACGUGAUGAUCUUUGUCGGUUUCGGGUUCCUCAUGACCUUCUUGCAGCGUUAUGGCUUCAGCAGUGUGGGCUUCAACUUCCUGAUCGCAGCCUUCGCGCUGCAGUGGGCCACGCUCAUGCAGGGCUUCUUCCACGGCAUGCAUGAAGGCAAGAUCCACAUCGGAGUGGAGAGUAUGAUCAAUGCUGAUUUCUGCACCGGUUCCGUGCUCAUCUCAUUUGGAGCGGUUCUGGGUAAAACCAGUCCCGUCCAGCUGCUGAUCAUGGCCUUGUUCGAGGUCACACUGUUUGCCGUCAACGAGUUCAUCCUGCUGUCUCUUCUGGGGACCAGGGACGCUGGAGGCUCCAUGACCAUCCACACGUUCGGAGCCUACUUUGGCCUUAUGGUGACCCGAAUCCUGUACCGGCCCAACCUGGAUAAGAGCAAACACAGGAACAGCUCGGUGUACCAUUCUGACCUGUUUGCUAUGAUCGGUACCAUCUUCCUGUGGAUGUUCUGGCCCAGCUUCAACUCUGCCAUCACUGCUCAUGGAGACGAUCAGCACCGCACAGCCAUGAACACCUACUACUCCCUGGCAGCCUGCACUCUGUCCAGCUACGCCAUGUCGGCCCUCACAUCCCACGACGGCAAGCUGGACAUGGUCCACAUCCAAAACGCCGCCCUGGCCGGUGGAGUCGCAGUGGGGACUGCUGGUGAAAUGAUGCUGACACCUUUCGGCUCCAUGAUCGUCGGGUUCUUGGCUGGCAUCAUCUCCGUUCUGGGCUUCAAGUACCUCUCACCCAUCCUGGAGAAGAAGCUGAAGAUCCAAGACACCUGCGGGGUUCACAACCUGCACGGCAUGCCUGGCAUCCUGGGCGCGAUUGUGGGAGCGGUGACUGCUGCCGUGGCAACCAGAGACAUUUACGGAGACGGGUUGGAAGACGUGUUCCCUAACGUGGCCAGUGGAAACAUUGAUGCGUCUUACCAGGGCGGCAUUCAGGCCAUUUCCCUGGCCGUGACCCUCGGCAUGGCCCUGCUGGGAGGCCUCAUUGUCGGUUUCAUCCUGAAGCUUCCCAUCUACGGAGCUCCUCCUGACACCAUCUGCUUUGAAGACAGCAUCUACUGGGAGGUGCCGGGAGACGAGGAGAGUCAUGAGGGCCAGUUGACCAUCGUGAGGACGGAGGAGGCUGAGAAGCUCAACAGUUAGACACACACACACACACACACACACACACACAUCCUAGCACUUGAGUACUAUACCCUUUAGGUUGUAAAAAAACAAACAAACAAAAAAAAAAAACGUACGCACAUUGUGGGAACACGUCUUCCAAAAUCUUUUAUUCUGCAAUAAACAGAAACAAACCUCCCUUUUGUCAGAUUGGCCCACUAGAGGUCGCUGUAGAGCUUUUGUCACUGUGUGCUGCAGGCCUGAGAAGAGACAGGAAGUCCUGUGUCAGUUUGUCUAACUGUCCCUUAAAGCAGGACGCUUCCAGAAGUGAAUUUCAGAAAACCAAAGACAAACGGACUCCAUUCACAAAAACAAUAUUUAGAAGAUGGAUUACAAUUUUGUAGCAAAAAACAAUUUUGUUUGUAUUAUUUUCUUUUAUUUUAAGUAAAGGAUUUUCAUGCAAAACAAUGCAGAGCCAUAAUGAUGUUUGGUGUCCUGAUUGUUUAGGUUUGGGAUUUCUGUGAUUUUGUUUUUCAUGUUAAACUGUGUAUGAUUAGUUAGAACACAAAUGUUAACUGUUCAGCUUUGUACCUUUACAUUCUUUGUGUUGUGGACCUUUUUUCUGUAGGACUAAGUCCAUUUAGAAGACAGAUGCAUUCACUGUCUGAAACGGUUUUCAUGAACAGAAAGUAUUUCGAAAUACAAUAUAAGAUUUGUUUUUUUUGGCAAAUAAAUUGUUCAAGUGUG